AUCAUCAAGAAAUCAAGUCGAUCUAUUCCUACCCAAGAGAAGAAAAUCAAACUUUUCCUGCAACCAGAGUCCUUUCAGUCUUCAUUCUUGUUCUUCCUCUUAAAGUAAAUAUAUAAGCCAUGGGGUUUCGUUUGCCAGGUAUUGCUAUUGCCAAGAAAAGUCUUGCUAGAUCUCUAUCUGCUUCAAAGAGCUUAGAUAUCCCAAAAGGUUACUUUGCAGUCUAUGUUGGGAAGAGCCAGAAAAAGCGAUUUGUGAUUCCUAUAUCAUACUUAAACGAGCCUCUUUUCCUAGAUUUGUUGAGUCAAGCUGAAGAGGAGUUUGGAUAUGAUCAUCCAAUGGGGGGCAUCACAAUCCCAUGUAGUGAAGACGCCUUCAUAAAUCUCACUCUGCUCUUAAAUAUGGUCAUUCAGGCUAGGCAUAUUCUCCGGAGACACAAAAGCAGAUCUCAUUCCAUUUCAUCUUACUCAGAACCAACAUCAACAGCAGCGUUGGACGUCCCGAAAGGCUACUUUGCGGUUUAUGUCGGAGAGGAAGAUGAGGAGAAGAAGCGAUAUGUGAUUCCGAUAUCGUACUUAAACCAACCCUCAUUCCAAGACUUAUUGAGUCAGGCUGCAGAAGAGUUCGGUUUUGAUCCUCCAACUGGUACUGGCGGACUUAGAAUACCUUGCAGCGAAAGCCACUUUCUUCAUCUCACUCUGUUUAAAUAG